AUGAGCGCCUUGUCGGAGCGGCAGCGCGAGGAGCUGCACCGUGCGCUGCUCGAGUACCUCUCUCAGAGCGAGUUUCACGAGGCGUACGAUGCGCUGAAGAAUUGCACCGCGCUGGAGCACACGCCGGACGCCAAAGGCAAGUAUGCGGGCCUCCUCGAGAAAAAAUGGCUCAGCACGAUCCGCCUCCAGAAAAAGAAUAUGGAGCUCGAAAACAAGGUGCGGCAGCUCGAGAAGGAGCUGAAUGCAGCACCUAGUGCACGGAGAGGUGCGUCCGUCCAGGACUGGUACCCCCGGAACCCCGCGCGGCACGUCCUGGUCGGCCACCGGCAGGUGGUGACCGACGUCGCGUUCCAUCCCCAGUUUAGCCAGCUGGCGACAGCGAGCGACGACGCGACGAUCAAAAUAUGGGACUGGGAAACGGGCGAGCUGGAGCAGACGCUCAAAGGGCAUACAAAGCCCGUGCAGUCUGUCGCAUUCGACCACAGCGGGCAGUAUCUGGUCUCCUGCUCGUCCGACCUCAGCGUCAAGAUAUGGGACAUUGCAGCAGGCUGGAAGAACGUGCGCACGCUACACGGCCACGAGCACAGCGUGUCGUGCGUCCGCUUCCUGCCGGGCGACCGGCACAUUGUCUCUGCCUCGCGCGACCGCACACUGCGUGUGUGGGAGACUGCGACAGGCUUUUGCACACGCACGCUGCACGGCCAUGACGACUGGGUGCGCACGGUGGACGUGUCGGAGGAUGGCCGCACGUUGGUCAGCGGCUCCAACGACCAUACCCUCCGGCUGUGGGACGCGCAAACGGGCGAGGCGCGGCACGAGCUGCGGGGCCACGAGCACGUCGUCGAGUGCGUCGCAUUCGCACCGAUGUCCGCCUACGCCAACAUCCGCACGCUCGCGGGCAUCCGCAUGCCGCGCGACGAUCCGAGCGCGUCGCUUCCCGGCCAAUACAUUGCUUCCGGUUCGCGCGACAAGACGAUCCGCGUAUGGAGCCAGCAGGGACAAUGCCUGCGCGUACUGUCUGGACACGAUAAUUGGGUACGCGCGCUGGCCUUUUCGCCCAGCGGCAAGCACCUCGUCUCGGUCAGCGACGACCGCACGAUGCGUGUAUGGGAGUUAAGUAGUGGCCGGUGCGUGCAGACCGUCGAUGCGCACAGUCACUUUGUGACGAGCCUUGCGUGGGGCCGCAGCCGCGUCUCGGACGCAUCAGACUCCAGCGCCGAGCCCACAGCGCAUCCCGUGAAUGUCGUCGCGACCGGCUCGGUGGAUCUCUCCGUCAAGGUCUGGGCGCCGUAG